ACUCGCCUGAGUUCAUGUCCACGACGUCUGGACUUGGGCCGUCGCUACAGAACAUUUCAUUGGUGGGGUUUCUCGAGGCUGUUGCUGAGCAUAUCUACCACGAAGGCAUGGCCAACCAAAUGCAUCCCCCUGCACCGGAUGUGCUGCAACGGCAACUGGAGACUCACAUAAUGCCACAGAUUUACGAGGACGCUUGGAACUGCGUUCUGCAGCGUG